AUACGCUGGUAAUUAAAAUAAAAUGAAAAGCAUGUACGAUUGUGACAUAUAUGAUGUGUUUUGACUUUAGUAUGAUAGUGAACAGAAGGACCCAAGUUAAACAUUCGAAUAAUAUUGCAAGUGGUCUAUGAGAUAAAAAGUUUGGGGAACUUUGAUCUAAAUGAAGCGGAAUCUUUAAUUCCGAGUUGCUAAUGAAUCCCCAAGGAAAUCGCAAGCUUACAUUUUUUACCGCCGAUUUAAGGGGUUGGGGUUUUGUUGAGCGGAUAAUUUUUAUUGCGAUUGAAAUUCAAAUCUUCAGCAGAAAUGAUACUAGUGGUUAAAAAUAACUUUGACAGUUAUAUUUUGUCAUCGGGUUACAGUGUCAAAUUUUUUUAGACCGUAAUCACAAUAUAAAACAAAGUCGCUUUCCGCUAGCUGUCCUUAUAAUAUCUGCUUAGAUCUUUAGAACUACGAAACGGACAUUGAUGCAGUUUUUUAAUAAAUAGAGCGACUCUAGAGGAAGGUUUAUAGGUAGGUAAGACAUGCAAAUUAUAGAAGAGAAAAGCCGGGAAAUAAUUCCGUAGCAAACAGUUUUUGUGUUAAUUAAUUAAGCGUUAAUUACGAAUUAUAUAAGCAAUGCCGCGGGCGAUUGUUGGUUCGAUAAUUCAAUACGGACGAACUUUCGGUUCAAACAACUCAUUAGAAAGUAUCACGUUUUUCCAUUAAACCGACCAUGUAAAUAAAUUCUUUCAGUGCCUUUAUCGGUGAUGAUAAACAUUGUGUGUGACAAGCUGUCUAUUGCUACAUCAUCAUCAUCAUCAUCAUUUCAGCCAUAGGACGUCCACUGCUGAACAUAGGCCUCCCCCAAUGCUUUCCAUGUUGAUCGAUUGGUAGCGGCCUGCGUCCAGCGCUUCUCUGCUACCUUUACGAUGUCGUCGGUCCACCUUGUAGGUGGUAUUGCUACAUAGACGUACCAUAAAUGUUGUGCUACACAAUGUUUUUUGAAGUGGUAGUAGACCUGACAAAGAUAGAGUCCUGCAGUCUCGGAAUGAUUAUGGUGAGACACCAAUAUCGUGAUUUGGUCAUUGUGAUUGAUAAAAACCUUUACAAUACUCAUUAACCAACCGAAUGCGCUGAGAUUCCAGAAAAAAUGGCGAAAGUAAAUAUUGUCACCCGUAUUCACAAACGAUACCUACUUGCGUAAGUGAAGCAGCAAAUAGAACGCACAGCGUUGAAUAGAGCUCUGUGAUUGGUUCGUGUGUCACCAUGUGCGUCCACGCGCACUGUGAGACCUCAUAGUAAUGUUUGUGAAUAUAGACGUAAUGUAUAGGCAUACAAAAGGUAAUGCAAGGAAUAUUUUUGCCGAAGUGGGCGUUAGUAGUAGUGCCGCAGUUUUCAAAACUAUUGCAGCUAUUAUUUUAUACGCUUUUUAUUUUAUUUUUAUUACCAGCGCAUGUUUACGACUAAGAAAUUUCAGGUUAAUUACAGUUGAUAAUAGUUCUAAAAAGGCGGUAAAUGGUUCUUGCAUACUUUUACCAUAUGCUUACCUACAUAACUUUUCACAUUUGGUGUCAGAUAGUUCCAGUGCAGUUUUUGAGUCGUUAGGAAGUAUAGAUGGAAACACACACAACGUCUUUAAUUCUUAAAACCCCAAAAUGAUGUUUAUAAUAUUAAUGAUAAUGUUACCUAAAUCCAUUUGCAUGCAAAAUGCAAUUAAUACCACUAAUAUCAUGGACCAAAUUCAAGAUGACCACGAUGAUGUAACUAUAUUAACUGAGUGCGUUUUAAAUUUAAUUAAUACACACUUCAUUUCAACGCCAACUAUUCUUAUGAAUCACGAUAUCCCAAAUGAAGAAGAUACGAUCAAAGAUGAAUUUGACAAGGAAUUAGCAAAAGAACUUAUGAAUAUCAAUAUACCAAGAGUCAUUGCUCAAGAUUUUGAUAUGACAUCAAUAUACAUGCAAGAAGGGCACAUUUUAUCGGUUCAUUAUGUAGAUGACUGCGAAACAUUAUCGAACUUUAAAAUGAGGACCACUGAAGGAGAAAUUAAAUACCUACUCAUCGUAUUUCAUUAUUCCAAAAAAAUAUGUGAAACAACAUUUCAAAAGUUUAGUCUAAAUAUAAGUGUGUUUGACGUCACAUUCAUUGCAAAAAAUACUGAGAACUACAACGUAUUCACGUUUAUGCCAGAAAUGGAUUCAUCUUCCUGCACGGUACGACAGGAACUGCUACCAACUAUUUUGUCAUCUUGCAGUUCUAUAGAGAAUCACAACGCUUUCCCAUCAAAAAAGCUCCAAAACUUCAUGAAAUGCCCUUUUAGAGUCGGAAUAGCACAAUUUUUUCCAUUUUCAACUAUAACAAACAAAAGUGCGUUGUAUAAAUACAAACAUAUAGAAGAAAAUGAAAUCCAUGGAUCGGACUUGGAAAUAUUGAAAAUUAUGGCUGAGAAAUUUAAUUUAACUCUCGAAUUUUAUUUCAUUACUACUAAAUUCGACAGACGUUUUUUAAAUUUCAUUUUGAAUGGUACCCUUGAUUUGUGUGCCGGAGGCCUUUACAGGUCUUAUCAAGACGCGGUAGCAUAUUCAGGAGUGUAUAGCAGACAGGCGUUUAUCUGGAUAUACGCAGCCAAGAGAGACUCCCGAUCAUGGCAGGAUUUAAUCAAAAAGGCGAAUGGUCUCUAUAUUUUUGUAGUUUUUUAUUUUGUGUACUCCUUCAUUUGGAAAUUUUUCAGCAUAUUUGACAGAAAACCGGUGCCAUUAGGAAGGUUGCUGCUGGAUAACUGGGGAGCUCUUACUGGGACAUCCUCUAUACAUGAAGGGACUACAUUCAAACAGAAAAUUUUGAAUAUAUUUUACUCUAUCCUGUGUAUAUAUUUGUCAGCGUAUGUGAGUAUACAGAUGUACUCAUUUCUAACAAUCGUUUCACCACCAACGACUUAUAAGACAACCACUGCGAUAGUACAGUCGGGUUUGCAGCUGUAUUUGAUGGAGAGAUUUAAGGAGGAUUUUAUAAACGAUACUUAUUACAUUACAUUCGCGAAUACGUCCAAGAUUUGCGAUUCAAUUAAUGAUUGUGAAAUGAAGACUUUGGAGUAUAACGGAGUGACGGUGGUUAUUGAUUCUUUAUUCUUAAAACUACAGGCCGAUACUGCAGUGAAUGGUGAAGCAAUAGUCCUGAGAGUGAAUGAGAAUUUGUUGACUGUGUAUCAUGAGAUGUUGAUUAGAAAGGAUUUGCCUAUAGUAUAUCGUUUCCAGAGAUUGAUGGCGUCAUUAAGAGAGUCUGGGAUUGGCGAUCGACUGUACGCUGAAGCUCUGGGAAAACUGAUGAAGGCGAAGGCAGAGAGCGCAAAUAAGAAGAUGCUAAGCUCCAGUUACAGCUGUGUGCUGGGGUGUAGUAUCACACUGCUGCAGAGCGCUGGCGCAUUUUAUGUGUGGAUGGUCGGCUGCGGACUGUCAUUUUGUGUCUUCAUCAUUGAAAUUACAGCGAAGAGGGAUUUGAUCCGCAAUUACGGUGAGAAUGGAGUUGUUCUAAUAUACAAUGACUGA